AUGUUUCUGCCUAUAUUUCUUAUCAGUAUUCUGUAUAUUGUGCUAGUGAAGUCAAGAUUACCACCUGAUUUUGAAUUCUCUAAUGAUAAUGUCGAUGAUAAACAUAAAUGGGCUGUUCUUGUAGCUGGAUCAAAUGGUUUUAGUAAUUAUAGACAUCAGGCUGAUGUCUGUCAUGCUUAUCAAGUGUUGCUCUCCAAGGGUAUCAAACCUGAACACAUCAUAACAUUCAUGUAUGACGAUAUUGCACAUAAUGAAGAGAAUCCUUUCCCUGGACGGAUUUUCAAUGACUACCAUCACAAGGACUACUACAAAGGAGUUGUAAUUGACUACAAAGGCAAGGCGGUUAAUCCGAAGACCUUUUUGCAAGUACUCAGGGGUGAUAAAAUGGAUGGUAGAAAAGUUUUGAAGAGUGGGAAAAAAGAUGAUGUAUUCAUAUACUUUACGGAUCAUGGUGCUCCUGGUUUGAUUGCAUUCCCUGAUGAUGACCUAAGUGCCAAUGAUUUCAUGAAGACACUUAAGUACAUGCACAAACAUAAACGGUAUUCGAGAUUAGUUAUUUAUAUUGAAGCAUGUGAAUCUGGUUCAAUGUUCGACAAGAUUCUACCAUCGAAUAUGAACAUUUACGCAACAACGGCGGCAAGACCGGAUGAAUCUAGUUGGGGUACAUUUUGUGAUGAUCCAGAAAUUGCAACUUGCUUGGCAGAUUUAUAUUCAUACGAUUGGAUUGUUGAUUCACAGACUCAUGAAUUGACGAGACGAACUCUUGACGAUCAAUUUAAAGAGGUCAAAAUUGAGACGAAUCUUAGUCAUGUUCAGAAAUAUGGCGACAAGUCAAUGGGCAGAUUGAAACUCAGCGAUUUCCAAGGAAGUCGAAAGAAGAUGUCGAAUGAAAGUAAUUGGUCUACAAUGAAGCCACGAGACUCAAUACCAUCUCGAGAUAUCCCACUACAUACUCUACAUCGCAAGAUAAUAAUGACCAAUGAUGCAGGAAAGAAGAAGUUACUGAUGGAAAUUCUCGGCCUGAGACUGAAGAGGAGGGAAUUAGUUCAAGAUACAAUGGAUUUGAUUGUUGAGGUUAUGAGUAAAUCAAAGCCAACUGUUUCAAAUCCGAACAUUGAUCAAAUUUUGGAUUGCACGGAAUCAGUUUACAAAAAGUUCAAAAACAAAUGUUUCUCAAUCCAACAGGCUCCAGAAGUGGCAGCACAUUUAUCAACUCUGCACGGCUAUUGUGAGCAGGGAUUCAAUGCAGAAGUGAUUAAACGAGCGAUUAUCAAAAUUUGUGAUGAAUGA